AUGGCUGCCUACAACCUUCGCUGGCCCUAUGGAAGUCCAAACAAACCUGUCCCGUUGAAGCUAUUUGUCCACGAGGACUGGCUGCAGAGACCACAGUACAAUCUUGAAACGGCCAGUCGUGAGGAGAUGCGAAUGGGUAAAUUCAAGGUUAAGGUAUUCAAUCCUGAAAGGCUCUUUUGUGAGAAGAUUUUGUUCCAGUGCGAGCGGAGAGGGGCAUUGAAGGAGGCAACAGAUGUCAGGGAUUUGCCCAUUCUUUUCAAACCUGUGUUGCCCAGGAGGGUGGAGCUGGAUUUUGGUGGUAGCCAGAGCUUGACGGAUGCGCUGCAGUAUCUCGUGGAGAAGGAACCAGAAUUAGCAGAGCAAAUAAAGAGAAAGGUCAAGUGCGCAGCGGUCUUUCACAACUGGUUGAAUCCAUACCAGAUCGGCAGGGCGGGAACACUAGGAGAUUUGGUUGAUGAUAUGUAG